GAGAGACCAAACUCCAUUGCUUUUGUUGUUCUCCGAGCGUGCACCCACUCCUUCGCCAUCCAUUUCGCAUUUCUCCUCCAUUUUCGCCCUAUCCACGUCUAUUUAUUACGUAACACAUCUAUUUCCAUGAAAGUAAAAGUUCUCUCCCGCAGCGUGGAGGAGUCCACUCGCCAGCGCUCCAAUGACAUCCACAAAGUCCAGCGCAACCUCGACCCGUCUCUCCACCCCUUUGAAAAAGCCCGCGAGUAUACUCGAGCCCUCAAUGCCGUCAAAGUCGAGCGCAUGUUUGCCAAGCCCUUCGUCGGAGCUCUUUCAGGGCAUGUAGACGGCGUCUACGCCAUGGCUAAGCACCCCAAGAAGUUGGACUGGCUCGUCUCGGGCGGAGGCGAUGGCGAUUUGAGAUUGUGGAGUCUCUCGGAGCAAAAGACAAUUUGGAGCACUGUCGGACACAAGGCGAUGAUCACGGGGGUCUCCAGUUUCUUGGAAGGAGAGCGGUUCUUGUCCUGCUCAAACGAUCGAACGGUCAAGAUCUGGGACCCAACAAUGACGGCGUAUGAUAUGGAUGGAGGAGGUGCUUCAACAAUUGCACCGGUCGCGACCUAUACGGGGAAGAACGCGUUCAGUGGGAUUUCACAUCAUCGAUCGGACAACGUUUUUGCAACCUCAGGAUCUGAGAUCAAUAUCUGGGACCAUGACAGGGCAGAACCCGUCCAGACCCUGAACUGGGGCGUGGAUACGAUCAACACAGUCAAGUUUAACCAGACUGAGACCAACAUCAUCGCCUCAACAGGAUCGGACAGAACCAUUAUUCUUUAUGAUCUUCGGACAUCGCAGCCCGUGACAAAGUUGAUUCUGGCUAUGAGGACGAACGCCAUUGCAUGGAACCCAAUGGAGGCAUUCAACUUUAUGGCGGCGAACGAAGAUCACAAUAUCUAUGCCUUUGAUAUGCGCAAUAUGGAUAAGGCCCAAAACAUCCUCAAGGACCACGUCUCUGCAGUAAUGUCGGUCGACUACUCGCCAACAGGAGAGGAGAUUGUCACAGGAGGUUACGACCGCACCAUCCGACUCUUCAACGCCCGCCAGGGACAUUCUCGCGACAUCUAUCACACUAACCGUAUGCAGCGCGUCUUCUCAGUGCUCUACACCAUGGACAACAAAUACGUCCUCUCUGGAUCUGACGACGGCAACGUCCGUCUCUGGAAGGCCCGUGCCUCUGAAAAGAUGGGUGUCCGUGACUAUCGCGAGAGAGCCCAUCUCGAAUAUGCCGAGAAACUCAAGGAGAAGUUUGCGAACGUGCCAGAGAUUAGGAGGAUUAAUCGUCAUCGUAAUGUACCAAAGGCUAUCAAGACUGCCACAAAGAAGAAGUCCAUCAUGAUCAACGCACGAAAGGUCAAAGAGGAGAAUGUCAGGAAACACACAAAGCCAGAGAACUUGAAGGAGAGGAUACCGGAGCGCAAGAAGCCUGUCGUUGGCGUCAAAAAGUGAGCAGUUGCAUCCUGCCAUUUCUCGCUACAUCAUUCCACUUUCCUCCCAUCCUUUCUUGCACUCAACAUGUACAAAAUAAAGGC